CUGGAGUGGCCCUGACUGUAGAGCCUCGGAGGAAAAAGGAUGGGACUGAAGUGGGGAGGGGACAUGGAAUGGGUGGAGUAGCCUGCAAGCCCACCCGCACCCCCCACCCCCCUGUACAUAAGACGCGCAGGGCUGAUUCACGCAGAAGACUGGAGUUGCGUGAGCACGAUGCCCGGAAAACCCGCGCCCAUCAAGAAGUCUCCGGCCAAGAAGGCUGCGGAGAAGGCACCGCAGCCCGAACCAGAACCCGAACCCCAGCCUGCUCCGAAAGACACGCCACCUGCGGAAACACCUGCGGAAGCUCCACCCGUGGACGCCGCCGCCCCCGAGGCACCGGCGCCGGCAGCUCCGCCUGCCCCGGAGGAAGCACCGCCCGCCGCCGCAACGGAGGGAGCGCCCGCGGCUGAAGAGAGCGCACCAGCUGCUCCUGCGGAAGCUGUUGUAGUUGAGGAGCCACCCAGGGCCCCCACGCCCCCUCCUCCUGCAGUCCCCACCAGCGCUCCUCUGGCUGUGUGUGUGGAGGAUGUGAACGACUCCAGCCUCACCAUUAAGUGGAAAACGCCCGAGACCCUCGGAGACGCCGGCCUGGAUGGAUACAUCAUCGAGUACUGCAAGGACGGCACAUCGGACUGGGCUGUGGCCAACGAGGAGCCGACUCAAGCCAACCGCUACUGCAUCAAGAACCUGACGAGCGGCGACCUGCUGCGCGUGCGCGUGGUGGCCGUCAACGCCGGCGGCCGCAGCGAAGCCGCGGCGCUCGCUGAGCCCGUGCCGGUUCGUGAGAUUGCUGACCGUCCCAAGAUCCGCCUGCCUCGCGUUCUCAGAUCACGCUACAUCAAGAAGGUCGGAGAGCAGAUCAACUUGGUCAUCCCCUUCCUUGGAAAACCAAAGCCCGCGGUGUCGUGGCUCAAAGACGGCCGGCCGGUGGACUCAAAGCGGGUCAACGUCAGGAACACCGACAAGGACAGCAUCUUGUUCAUCCGCACCGCCGAGAGGGAGGACUCUGGCGUUUACGAGAUGACCGUUAAAGUGGACAGCUUUGAAGACAAAGCCGCCAUCACCCUUCAGAUCGUGGAGCGGCCCGGUCCUCCUGCCAGCGUGAAGCUGGUGGACACCUGGGGUUUCAACGCUGCUCUGGAGUGGACUCUUCCCAAGGAUAACGGCAACACGGACAUCACUGGAUACACGGUCCAGAAGGCCGACAGGAAGACUGGAGAGUGGUUCACGGUGCUGGAACACUACCACAGGCUCAGCGCCACCGUCUCCGACCUCAUCAUGGGCAACUCGUACUCCUUCAGGGUGUUCGCCGAGAACCAAGUGGGCAUAAGCGAGAAGAGCGCCGUCACCAAAGACGUGGCCAACAUCCAGAAGACAGGCAUCGUCUACAAGCCGCCCGAAUACCCGGAGCACGACUUCAGCGAGGCGCCCAAGUUCACCACGCCGCUGAGCGACCGCGCUGCCACCGUGGGCUACACCACCAAGCUGCUGUGUUCCGUCCGCGGCUCCCCCAAGCCAAAGAUCGAGUGGCUGAAAAACCAGAUGGUCAUCGGCGAUGACCCCAAGUUUCGCCAGAUCUCCAGUCAGGGCAUUUGCUCCCUCGAGAUCCGCAAACCCUGCAGCUUUGACGGCGGCGUGUACACCUGCAGAGCCAAGAACGCCCAGGGAGAGGCCACCAUCUCCUGCAAGCUGGAGGUCAAACAGGUUAUUCUGCCAGACAGCGGCAAAGGCAAAUGAAGCAACAUGUGAAGAGCAGCUCCUGUGCAGCACCAGCAGGAGGCCAGGUCUUAUAUUUAAGUGUCUGAGGAGGUGAGAGAGAAGCCGCGGCUGGCUGUGCAGCAGUGUGUACAUAAUGAAGAACCACACAGCAGAAUCUCCGUCUCUACUAACACCCAGUCCUGUAGAUUACAAAAGAAAAAGUCCCCCUGCACUUUGCCAAAUGUAAGUUAUUUCAGUUAUGCGUUCUGACUGUGUUACAGCGUGACAUUAAAAACAUGUGCUACCCAAUAAAAAUAACUCUAAGACACACAAUUGAAAUUACUGUAUGGAUUUUAAUAAAAUGUAUUUUAAUACAUAC